AUGUCACAACAGAAGCAGGAAUCCUGGGAGCCCCCUAGUGCUCCCAAAUGCUCACCUCGACAGUGCCCAAACGCCUCCCUGGCUCCCUGCUCUGCUCCCUGCUGUGACCUCUGUUCAGGAGGCUACAAUUCUGGUUCCCAAAAGCCCAGGGAGCAGAGCCCUGGCAGCUCUCAGAGGGCUCACCACAAGAAGCCCCGCUGCCUCAGUGGUGGCACAGUCUACCACAUCAAAGAGGAGGAGUGCUGAGAAACCUCCAUGCUGUCCACCAAAAUCUCCAUGCUGCCCUCAGAAACCUCCAUGCUGUCCACCAAAAUCUCCACGCUGCCCUCAGAAGCCCCCGUGCUGCCCACAGAAGCCCCCGUGUUGUCCACACAAGCUCCCUUGUUUCCCGCAGAAGCCCCCGUGUUGCAUUCAGGCCAAGUGCUGCUGUCUGGAGCCCAAGCCUGA